AUGGAGUCUGGCAUGGAGGAGAUCCCAGUUAAAGUUGCAGUUCGAAUCAGACCCCUGCUUUCUAAAGAAGUACUUCAUAACCACCAAGUCUGUGUGAGAUUAGUCCCAAAUACACAACAAAUUAUAAUUGGGAAAGACCGUGUCUUCACUUUUGAUUUUGUAUUUGGCAAAAACUCGACCCAAGAAGAAGUUUAUACCGUUUGCAUUAAGCCUCUUCUAGUGUCUUUGACUGAAGGAUACAAUGCUACAGUGUUUGCAUAUGGACAGACAGGUUCUGGGAAGACUUACACCAUUGGAGGUGGUCACAUUGCAUCAAUUGCAGAGAAUGAAAAGGGCAUAAUCCCACGGGCUAUUCAGGAAUUAUUUCAGCAUAUUUCUGAAAACCGUAACAUCGACUUCCAUGUGAAAGUAUCUUAUAUAGAGGUUUACAAGGAAGAACUUCGAGAUUUAUUAGAGUUGGAGACAUCUGUGAAAGAAUUACAUAUCCGAGAAGAUGAAAAGGGAAAUACAGUGAUUGUCGGUGCUAAGGAAUUCCAAGUAGAAUGUGCAGAUGAAGUGAUAAGCCUGUUGGAAAGUGGCAAUGCAGCUCGUCACACAGGCACAACACAAAUGAAUGAGCACUCUAGUCGAUCUCAUGCCAUUUUUACCAUCAGUAUUUGUCAGAAACAGUCUGCAGAGUCUCAGAGAAAUACUGAUGCUGCACAGGAUUCAUCUUGGAAAUCAGUCCAGAUGAUCGCUUCAAAGUUUCAUUUUGUGGAUUUGGCAGGAUCAGAGAGGGUGACAAAGACUGGAAAUACUGGUGAACGCUUCAAAGAAUCAAUUCAGAUCAAUAGUGGUCUGUUGGCCUUGGGAAAUGUCAUCAGUGCCCUUGGAGACCCAAAAAGGAAAAGCGUACAUAUUCCAUACAGGGAUGCUAAAAUCACUCGUAUUCUGAAAGACUCCCUUGGAGGAAAUGCCAAGACUGUGAUGAUAACAUGUAUAAGUCCAUCCUCAUCAGACUUUGAUGAAUCCUUAAAUUCCCUCAAAUAUGCCAACAGAGCAAAAAACAUUAGAAAUAAACCAGUUGUAAAUUACAACCCUGAUCAAGACCGGAUUGAUGAAAUGGAACUUGAAAUCAGAUUGCUUCGAGAAGCUCUGCAGAACCAGCAAGUGAGUAAUCAGUGUUCACACGACUUAAAUCAAGAAAGAACUCGUAUCAGUUCACUUGAGGAGCAGCUUACCCGGCUUCAGGUUCAAUGUUUCAGUUAUAGAAAUUGUGUAGAUGAAGCCUUCCCAUUUCUGGUUGAUUUGAAUGAUGAUAUUACCUUAAAAAGAAGUCAGCGGGACAGGUUGCAGAGCUGGAUCACUAUGGUACAGGAAGUGAGGAAGGAAGCUCUCACCAUGCAGGAAACUAACACAGAGACUGGGACCAGCCAAGAGCCACAUCACAUCACAAUUCUUCAGCUAAAGAGGGAACUAAAGAAAUGCCAG